UGAUCAUUAUAUUUACCAACACAUACACAUACACAAACAAACAAACAAAACAAACAUAUUAUAUUGUGAGAAACAAUUAAUAUGGAUAUGGCAAAGAGCAUCCUAGGCCUCAUGGCAAUGUUGAUGUUGGUAGCCACCAUGGCUCCUCCAACCAUGGCUGUGCGCGACGAUAUUGCCAUCGCUUUAGCAAUGCGCGAGAGAGGGAUUCCCAUCAUCUCUAAAGAGGUCAGCAUUCAGCAGCGGCUAGCAGAUAUGAUGUUAGCCGCUGCUGAACGCAAGGUUUUACAUUGUAUUCCUAAGUGGAAUAGAUGUGGCCCUAAAAUGGAUGGAGUCCCUUGUUGUGAACCUUACACUUGCACUUCAGACUACUAUGGAAAUUGCUCAUAAAUUAAUUUCCAUGUUCAUUAAAUAUGGAAAUCUUUAAUAAACAUCCAUCUAUAAUACAUAGGUAUUUGUAGUAUUGGAUGAUGUUUAUGUUUAUAAAAUAAAGUUGUUCGUAACUUUUUUCUACCUACUUCUAUAGGCCACAUAAGUAUCAAGUAUGGGUUUGGUUAAUUAUUGUGAAUUAACUUGUAAGUUUAAUAUCAUGAGUUAUGUAAGGUUUGUUGUGGCCAAUAAUAAGUUAUGGUAUAAAUCUAUGUCCUUUUUAAA